CCCCAUCAUCGAUAACUGAAACUAAGCAUGAGCUGUUUUUAUCAUAUUGACGAAAAUACCCUCCAUUCAUUUUCGUUCUUCUUCUUUUCGAUUAUAGACCCACGAGAAGUUUAAAUUCUCACUGACCCAUUUGUUUUCUUGCAAUCUUUCGCAGCUGAACCAAAAAGUUUGCAUCUUUCUUUAAUUCAUUUUUUGUUUUCUCUCUUUCUUUGGAAGGUUUUCUAAAAUCAAGAAGUUUGAAAAAAUGGGUAUGGGCACAAGCACUUUCGUUAUCAGAUGGGUCAAUCUUCUUACAAUGCUAUUGGCUGUGGCAGUGAUUAUAUUUGGUGUGUGGAUGAGUACACACAAUGAUGGAUGCAGAAGGUCACUUACAUUUCCAGUCUUAGCACUUGGUGGUUUCAUUUUCUUGAUAUCCAUAAUCGGGUUUCUUGGUGCGUGCAAGAGAAGUGUGGCGCUUCUUUGGAUUUAUCUUGCCGUGCUCCUGAUUGUUUUGAUUGCGAUUCUUGUUUUUACCGUGUUAGCGUUCAUUAUAACAAACAACGGGUCUGGACAUAGUAACCCUGGUUUAAGGUACAAGGAGUAUAAGCUGAAUGAUUACAGCUCAUGGUUUCUAAAAGAGCUUAACAACACCAAUAACUGGAAAAGACUAAAGAGUUGUCUUGUUAAAUCUGAGCAAUGUAGGAAGCUUUCCAAGAAAUACAAGACCAUUAAACAGUUGAAAUCCGCAGAAUUAACCCCAAUAGAAGCUGGAUGCUGUCGACCACCAUCUGAGUGUGGUUAUCCUGCGGUGAAUGCUUCUUACUAUGACUUGAGCUUUCAUUCGAUAAGUUCUAACAAAGAUUGUAAGCUUUACAAGAAUUUGAGGACCAUCAAGUGCUACAAUUGUGAUUCUUGCAAAGCUGGAGUAGCUCAGUACAUGAAAACCGAGUGGAGACUGGUUGCGAUAUUCAAUGUGGUUCUGUUCGUUGUCUUGUCAAUGGUUUACUUUGUCGGGUGCUGCGCGAGAAGGAAUGCUGCUAGUAACCAAUCCAAAGCUUAGAAAGUGAAGCCCUUUGAAAAAAAAAAACUCAUACACUGGAUUCUCUGAAA